AUGGAAUCUUUUCAAUGCCCAAUUUGCUUUCACGACUUCAACAGCAGCGAAGGCUCCCCACUAGUUCUCCACUGUGGCCAUACCUUCUGCUUAAAAUGCAUUUCCGCAAUGGAAAGACGAAUGGGCGCUCUGAACUGCCCUCAUUGCAGAAGUAAAGAUUAUCGAGAAGUUUCCUUAAUGAAGAAAAAUAUUUUGGUUUUGCAGCACUUAUCUGAGUCCAAAAACGAGCCUUUGGCUCCUUGUGCUGAACACCAGAACUUAGAAGCCACUUUUUUCUGUUUAGACGAGAAUGUCCCGUUUUGUUCCCGCUGUGCGACAAAGCACAAAAAGCAUGAUUUUUACGAUAUAGACGAUACUGUUAUAACACAAGGCACCGAUAAGCAGCUUGAAGAAGCAAAGAAAAAAGCUGAAGACCUUCUCAGCACUGCUAGAUCAGAACGAGAUUGGUCUGUGAAUAUCUUUAAUAAAGUAGAAGAAAAGAAGGCUAAAGCAAUAGAAGAAAUUGAUAGAAAAUUUGAACCACUUUUACAAGCUAUUGAUAAAAAGAAGAAGGAAUUUGUUAUGAGCUUAAAUAGGCCGGUAAAUGCACUUGUCAAAAGAAUCCAAGAAAAUGUGGAGUAUUGUGACGAUAUUGUCAAAAAAAGGCAAAAAACGAUUUCUGAUAUAGAUGGGAUUAUGAGGCAAAUUUCAAAAAUUGCGGGGCCUGCGAGGCUGCAAGCGGUGCAGUCUAUAAAUAAACUGUCGUUUGAGCAGGAUAAGCUAGCAGAUAAGCUAAAAACGUUGGAGCAGGAAGCAGAAAAUUUGAAUUUUAAUAUGGAUAUCAGCCUUGAUAGUGCAUUGAGGUCAGUUGAAGGGCUUACUUCUCAGGAAAUAGCGAUUGAAAAUGAGCUUAAAUGGUCUCCUGAGGUGCUUCCAGCUGCUGAAGAAGUCCAUAGCAACCCUUUACAAGUCCAACUGGUCGAAACCUUAGCUAUUGAAGGACUGAUUUCAACCCAAAGUGUCAGAACUGUAAUGGAGUCUACAGACCGCAAAGAUUUUAUCCCAGACGAAAGCAGCCCUUAUGAAGACAGACCUCAACGUAUUGGCUUCAAUACAACCAUUUCGGCUCCUCAUAUGCACGCAAUGACCUUAUCAAUUCUUGAGCCAUGGCUUGUCCCUGGAGCAAGAGUCCUUGACAUAGGCUGUGGCAGUGGAUAUCUAACUGUAUGUAUGGCAAAGAUGAUUGGGAGAGGGAAAGUCUAUGGAGUUGACCAUAUUGAAGAACUGAUAAAUCAAGCUAUUGAUAAUAUUAGAAAAUCUAAUUUGUACUUAUUGCAGAAAAAUGACUUAGAAAUGAGAAUGGUCCAUAGAGACGGAAGAAUAGGGUUGUUGGAGUAUGCACCUUUUGAUGUAAUUCAUAUUGGAGCAGCUACUCCAGAAAUCCCGCAGCCAUUGCUAGAACAGCUUGCUCCUGGUGGGGUGCUAAUGGCUCCAGUAGGACCUAUAAGUGGGUUUCAGCACAUUACAAUUGUGAAGAAGGACGAAAAUGGUAAUCUUCAAACUCACAGCUCACAAACUGUUAACUAUGCGCCACUUACUGAUAGAGACAGACAAUGUCCCUCGUAA